CAGACCUUUGUACCACACCAGUUCCCUCUCUCUUUCUUCCAAAGAGAGAUCCAUACAGACUCCGAAAGAUGGAGUCCAGUAAACUCAAUGCUCUCUUCUUCAUCUUCAUGCUCGUCAUUUCCUCGGCCGCUCCGAUUCUCGGGUGCCCUACUUGCGGCAAAAAGCCUCCUCCCAAGCACACUAAGCCUAAGACCCCCAAGGGCCCUAUUACAGUCCCUCCCAUUGUGAAACCCCCAGUCAUCAAAGUCCCCCCAGUCACAGUCCCACCUAUCAAACCACCAGUGACAAUACCACCCAUCGUCAAACCACCAAUCACCAUCCCCCCCGUCAUCCCUCCCAUUGUCAAACCACCAAUCACAAUCCCACCAGUAAUCCCUCCCGUCGUAAAACCACCAAUUAAAAUCCCACCCGUCAUCCCUCCCAUUGUCAAACCACCAAUCACAAUCCCACCAGUAAUCCCUCCCGUCGUAAAACCACCAAUUAAAAUCCCACCCGUCAUCCCUCCCAUUGUCAAACCACCAAUCACAAUCCCACCAGUCAUCCCUCCCGUCAUAAAACCACCAAUCAAAAUCCCACCAGUGAUUCCACCAAUAGUGAAACCACCAAUCACAUUACCACCAGUGGUAAUCCCUCCAGUGAUUCCCCCCAUUGUCAAACCACCAGUGGAGAUUCCCCCAAUCACCACCAAGCCCCCGAGCCCCGGGACACCGUGCCCCCCACCACCUGGGACACCAGCUCCCAAGGACACUUGCCCCAUCGACACACUGAAGCUCGGAGCUUGCGUGGAUCUCCUCGGUGGGUUGGUUCACGUUGGGGUCGGUGACCCCGCGGUGAACGAGUGCUGCCCGGUGCUCGCAGGACUUGUUGAACUUGAAGCUGCAGUGUGCUUGUGCACCACCCUUAAACUCAAGCUUCUCAACCUCAACAUCUUCGUCCCUAUUGCUCUUGAGCUCCUUGUCACUUGUGGCAAGAGCCCUCCUCCUGGUUUCACCUGCUCUAUCUAGAUCAAGUCGUGGUAGAUUCAUGGAGAACUGAAUCGUCAUGAGAGGAUGUCGAUCAAGCGAGCCUCCACUUCUUUUCUUUUCUCUUUUCUUCCUCCACAAUCUUUCUUGUUUAAUUUAAUUGACUGGUAUUGAAGCUGAUUUGUAUGCCUGGCUGUGAGAUUAUUGUACACCAUUUGUUUUUAAAUUAUGAGAAGAUUGUUAUUAUUCCAUCUCGAAUA